AUGGGGCGCGGGAAGAUCGAGAUCAAGCGGAUCGAGAACCCCGCCAACCGACAGGUGACCUUCUCGAAGCGCCGGCACGGGAUCCUCAAGAAGGCCAAGGAGAUCAGCGUGCUGUGCGACGCCGAGGUCGGCGUCGUCAUCUUCUCCAGCGCCGGCAAGCUCUACGAGUUCUGCUCCUCCAAGACCUCGCUAUCCAGAAUCUUGGAGAAGUACCAGAUCAACUCUGGGAAGAUACUAUGGGAUGAGAAGCACAAGAGCCUUAGUGCAGAGAUCGACCGAAUUAAAAAAGAGAACGAUAACAUGCAGAUUGAGCUCAGGCACUUGAAAGGCGAAGAUCUGAACUCGCUGCAACCAAAAGAGUUGAUCAUGAUUGAGGAAGCACUUGAUAAUGGGCUGACAAACGUGCAUGAAAAACAGAUGGAGCACUGGGACAGGCUCAUUAAAAGCGGUAAAAUGCUGGAAGACGAGAACAAGCUGUUGGCUUUUAAACUGCACCAGCAUGACAUCGCGCUGAGCGGGAGCUUGAGGGAUCUUGAGCUUGGGUACCAUACAGAAAGGGACUUUGCAGCCCAGAUGCCGAUCACCUUCCGCGUGCAGCCUAGCCACCCCAACCUGCAGGAGAACAACUAA